AUGGCUGCAUUGAGUGAUCGUGAACGUGCAUGUUACUUUGUUCCACCUAAUCCAAUUCUUGCUAUUGUGAUCACAUUUGGCCUGUGGUUGACUUGGGGACUCAUUUAUGCUCCUGAUAUUCCACCAUACAAAUACCUUGGACCACUCGGUCAAUUGUGCCAUUUUCUCGUUUAUGAAGCUGAUCCGAUAUGGAAAUAUGUGACCGCAGUGUCUGUUCUUAUCAUCCACGUCAUAGAAUCCCUCAUUGCAUUAUAUUUUACUGGCAAGAAAGGUGUGAGCGAUCCUAUGGCAAAGUUCAAGUGGUGGAUAUGCACUCUGUUGUUUGGGUAUUUUACAUUCAGACAUUUGGUGAAGCUGAAGCCCAAGCAACAAUAG